GAUAAACUCGUAGCCUUCCUUUCCUCGAAGCAACUACAAUCCGUUCUGCCGCGACUUUGUGAACUUGAGGAACAAACGGCAGUGUUGUGAUUUAGUAUUUGUUUUGUGUGAGCGCGUCUUGUAACGGCCUGCGCAGUGAAGAAUACUCAAGCGUGGAUGAAACAGCGCGUGUGUGUGUGUGUGUGUGUGUGUGUUCUUCCCUUCCGGAGGUUGUCGCGCCAUCACGUUGAAGGACAAAGCAGUCAGAGGAAGUAAAUGGUUUUGCGUUGCUUUCAGAAAUACUCCACACGGACGCUGGGAGUUCAAUAAGACGCCUGACUGGACUUGGUGAAUGCGACAAAGAAAAGGUGUUUGAAAAUAGGUGUAACAGAUGAAGAAAAAGGGAAGAACUGUAGUUUCUGAUAUAAUGCGUUCAAGUUAACUGCAUACUCUUUGGAGGUGCUGCUACUACUACUACUACUACUACUACUACUACUGUCACUUCUACAUCACUUCUUCUUUCACUAGGCAGGAGAAAGUCACGCAUCACCAUCAUGAGAACUCACCUGACAUACCUGUACAUCCUUACCUGGCUGACCUUCAACCUGGCCAAAGAGGGCAGGACCGAGGCGUCGGGCUGCGGGGAGGGCUGGCAGGUCCUCGGGGUCCAGUGCUACCGCGUCGGGAGAGAGCCAGCCAGCCGCCAGCACGCCGCCGCCUCCUGCAGGGCUCACGCCGCUCACCUCACCUCCGUGCACUCCGGGGCCGAGACCGCCUUCCUCCAGACGCUGCUGCAAGGAGGCUCCGACGGGGUGUGGCUGGGUCUAGUGGCGGAGGACGAGGACGAGGAUGCUGAGUGGUCGUCGCUGGCGGGGGUGUUGGGGAGGAGGUCGUGGAGGUGGUCCGAUGGUUCGCCAGUCUCCUAUUCUAACUGGGCAACUCCAAACCAUCCUCCAAAAUCACCGGGUUGCAUCAGUCUGAGCCACCUCACCGCGCACUGGCUGCCCGCCCCUUGCCACCACCUUCAGGAGUACGUGUGUAAGAGGCCUUGUCAGCACUGCCAGCCCACGAAUGUCCUUCACUUAGAGGAUAUAGACAGUUCAGGCUCAGGGGAGGAGGUGGGCAGCCCGGGGAGUGAGGAGAGCCUGAACAGCCUGGCCAGACCGCCCCUAGCUUGGUCCUUCCCGUCGCCUGCGAGCCUUGAAGGGGAGCACAAGAAGAGGAAGAAGGAGGAGGAGGAAGAGGAGGAGGAGGAGGUGGUGGUUAGCCCGUUCCACCCAUCCACCACUAGGACAGAAUGUGGAAAGGCGUGUGGGAGAACCUUCUACAGGCUGUCCACGACCCCCAAGGCAUGGCGGGAGGCGCGGGAAGACUGUCUGGCGGGGGGCGGGGGGCUGGCGGCGGCGGUGAGGAGCGUACCCCCCAAGCUGGCGCUGAGGCUGGGGGCGUUGCAGGGGCCCGUUUGGGUGGGGAGCGGCGCCCCCCACACUUGGACGCCCUCUUCUCUAACCAGGGUGAAGGCAGGGGCGUCUCGAGGCCUCCCUGACGACCCCUGCCGCGUGGCCGUGCCCGGGUCAGGCCGCUGGACCCCCGCCCCCUGCCGCCGCCGCCACCAUUACCUUUGUGAAUACACACACCGACAGACCACCAAAACAACACCCAGCACCACCCACGCCCCCCGCGCCGUCCAUUUAUCCGCCCCCUCCACGCCUCGCGACCCCUGUGCCCCAGACUGGCUCCUCUCUGGGGGGCUUUGCUACAGGGCUUUCUCGACGUGGGUUACCUGGGAGGCUGCGCAGAACACCUGUAUCAACCACGGGGGUCACCUGGCGACUAUUGGUGACCCCUCCGAGCAGCUGGCCCUCCGCAGAUUGUCCCUGGAGCGGUUGGUCGCGAGUCCGUUGUGGGUUGGGCUGAGGCGCUCCCAGGAUCCUGCUGAAGGCUUCGUGUGGGUGGACGGGUCGGGCGUGGAGGCGUGGGUGUGGGGGCGGGGCCAGCCUGACCAGCAUUUGGGGCGGGAGGGGUGCGGGGCUCUCACGCUGCCUUCCCUCACCCUACAGGACGCCGUGUGCCUCGCUCGCAUGCCCUUCCUGUGUGAGGCGCCCCCGGGCAGCAACUUACCGCGGGCCCCAACACCAGCCCCUGCACCACCCCAGGACGAGCUGUGUGGGGAUGACCCGGCCUGGCAGCGCUUCGGGGCCCACUGCUACAGCGUGGUGGGCGCCGAGGAGCCUCUGCCGUGGUGGGAGGCGCAGAGGCGGUGUGUGGAGGAGGGAGCCGACCUGGUCUCCAUACACUCGCUUGAGGAGAACUAUUGGCUGCAGGAGAAGGUGAUGUCGUUGGGCGUGAGCGCGGUGUGGACUGGCGGGCGUGUGUGGGCGCAGGAGGAAGGGUACCGCUGGAUGGACGCCUCACCUCUCGCCUUCUCUAACUGGGCGCCGGGAGAACCCAACAACGUGCAUGACCAGGAGGAUUGCCUUGCCCUCUACACUCGUCGGCAGGGUUACUGGAACGACCAAAACUGCGGCACUCCUGAAGGACGUGUGUGUAAGCGACCUGUUGGUGAUGCCCGCCCCGUCGCCCCUGCCCCGACCCUCACCACCACCACUGCCACGUCCCAUUACUGUCACCCUGGCUGGACCGCUGCCCCUGGUGGCAAGUGUUACAAGUACUUCGGCGAGCCCCGGGACUUCGUGGGUGCCAGGGACGCCUGCAGGAGGGCGGGGCGAGGCGGUGACCUGGCCAGCGUGCACACCUCGGCCCAGGCAGCCUACCUCACCAUGCUCGGGGGCGGGGGCGCGGCGGGGGCGUGGCUGGGGCUGAGGCGGCAGGUGCGGGGCUUCCUGUGGGUUGACCAGACGCCCGUGAGGUACACCAGGUGGGCCGCGGGGGAACCAAGCGGCGCCCAGGUAAUGUUGGCGAGGCGGCGGCGGGGUCAGGCCGAGGAGUGCGUGGAGAUGCUAACCCAGGGUAGGGCGGGGCUAUGGAAUGACCUGACCUGCAGUGAGAGGCGACCCUUCCUGUGCCAGUCCCCUCAAGACCCAAGACCAGUGCACCCCAUCACCCCCUCCAGCUCCCCCGCCCCCCCGGAGAGCUGCCCCCCGACCCACCACCACUACCAGCGACAGGGGGAACACUGCUACCUGGCCGUUAACACUCCCCUCACUUGGCAGGCAGCGGAGGACACCUGUGCGGGGGAGGGGGCGCACCUGGCCACGGUGAGGACGAGGGGGGAGGCGGCGGCGGCGUGGGUGUCGGCACUGGAGGCAGAACUGAAGGACCCCUGGCUAGGACUUCACCGGCAGGACGAGACAAAGGACUUUACCUGGUCGAGUGGAUGGCCGCUUCUGCACGCCCCUUGGUCCAACAACAACAACAAAGACAACAGCAACAACAAUACAGAAGGGUCGUGCGUGGGUCUCCUCUCCUCCAGCGGGGAAUGGGUAACCGUCCCCUGCUCUUCCCCACGCCCUUUCCUCUGUCAGCUGAUGAUAGACUUGCCGGGAGUGAGUGUGUCGGUGGAGACUGCUUCGAACCCUUGCCCCGACCCUCGCUGGCUUGACUUCGGGGGCGCACACUGCUACCUCGUGGUGCGGGAACCCAGGCCCUGGCACGACGCCCGCCACACGUAA